AUGGGAUUAUUAUCGUCAUCAGGCACACCUCUUCAAUGGGAAGAGGCAAAACAAUAUGCACAUAAAAUUCGAGCUCUCGGAAUAAACUAUUUUGUAUCUGUUUACAAGAAACUGAAAGAAAAGGAAAAUGCUUGUUUAAAAUGGGGCGACGAGGCAAUUUUCUUUUUACACUGUUGUUGUAUUUUGGUUGAAUAUAUGGUUAUUGAGUAUGAUGAUGAAACGAAGAAUGCGAAGUUAUCAUUAAGAGUUCACGAAAUCUUGGCUGAAUUACAAAAAGAGGAGGAAGAAGCACUGAAAAUGCCUAAUUCUGAACAAACGAUCAAGACUUUAUGGAGACCAGAGUAUGGAAGAUACAUGCUCGAAGGCACACCGGGCACACCUUAUGGUGGUACUUUGAAAAGCCUGCUUCAAAUAGAGCCAAAUAUGAAAUUGAGAAGAGAAAUUAUUUCAAAAUUUUUGAGGCCAAAUGAAGUAGCAAUUACUUUGACUAGCUUUCCACGUCUUGGUGCUUCAGGCCAAUUUCUGGAACCUCACUAUGAGCCAGCAGGAAAUGCAGCGAGAAGUCUGUUUGUACCUGACGAAGUUAUUAACCCACACGUUAGAUUUCCGACUCUAACUGCCAAUAUUCGAGAACGUCGUGGAUCGAAGGUUGCUAUUAAUGUGCCAAUUUUUCGCGAUAAAUGUACACCCGAUCCAUUUAUAGAUACGGCAAUUCCUCUAAAUCGAAAUUUAUUUCCCGAGGAUAAAGAAGCUGCAGAAGGCGCAGCGCAAUCGGAUCAUAUAUAUAUGGAUGCUAUGGUUUUUGGAAUGGGUUGCUGUUGUUUACAAAUUACUUUUCAAGCUUGCAACGCUGAAGAAGCCAGAAGACUAUAUGAUCAACUGGCGGUAAUGGGUCCUAUUAUGCUAGCUUUAACUGCAUCUGCACCAAUCUGGCGUGGUUACCUUUCAGAUAUAGAUUGUAGAUGGAAUGUAAUAGCCGGAAGUGUCGAUGAUCGUACAAGAGAAGAACGGAGUUUAGAGCCCCUCAAACAUGACCGUUUUGUGAUUAAUAAAUCGCGUUAUGAUUCGAUUGAUUGCUACAUAUCCACAGACAAGACUUUGAAACCGGAAUAUAAUGACCUGGAUUUGGUAUAUGAUAGUGAUAUUUGCAAAAAAUUGAUGGGCAAUGGAAUUGAUGAAUUGUUGGCACGUCACAUAUCUCAUCUGUUCAUUCGUGAUCCUCUUGUUAUCUUCAAAGAACGGUUGGAGCAUGAUGAUGACGAUUAUUAUGACCACUUUGAAAAUAUUCAAUCUACAAACUGGCAAACUAUGCGUUUUAAGCCUCCACCACCAAAUUCAAAUAUUGGAUGGAGAGUCGAAUUUCGCAGUAUGGAAGUUCAAAUAACCGAUUUUGAAAAUGCAGCAUUUGCAAUUUUCAUUGUGCUUUUAACACGUGUUAUCUUGAGCUAUGGACUAAAUUUUUACAUACCAAUAUCAAAAGUAGAUGAAAACAUGAAGAUUGCUCAUAAGCGAGAUGCAGCAAUGAGUGAAAAAUUCUGGUUCAGAAAAAAUGUGUUUGCGGAAAGUAACAUAGUUAAUGAUGGUGACAAUACUCAUGAAAAUGAGUCUCCAUCAAUACCUGGUGAAGGGGCAUCGAAUUCUUCAGAUAACUCCCGUCUAAAUGGGCAUGCAAAUGCUAAUGAAUCGAUAUCAUCCGUAGAGGAUGAAUAUGAACAAAUGACCAUCAAUGAAAUUAUUAAUGGCAAU